GGGAGGGAGCUCUGUGGGAGGAGCUGGGGUGGAGCUCUGUAAUCUGGGAGCGCCCAGGCUCGUCUCCUGUAAUAUGAGCACAGCUGAUAAUAUAAACUGAGAUUCCUCUGAAGCCGCAUUCCUGGACCCAGCACCCUCAGCCAUGGCGGAUAACAGAGAGAGCGAGCUAAAGCACAGGACGAUAACUGACUCUCAAGCGUCUCUGGACCCAGGACUUGGAUGUUGCGGAUGGGUAAUUGUAAUCAUCUCGACUCUUCUCAUGAUUCUCACUUUCCCCAUAACAAUAUGGAUGUGUAUAAAGAUUGUAAAAGAAUAUGAAAGAGCCAUCAUUUUCAGACUUGGUCGCAUCCUGCGAGGAGGAGCAAAAGGCCCAGGUCUGUUCUUUGUUCUGCCCUGCACAGACAGUUUUACGAAAGUUGACAUGAGGACCAUCUCGUUUGACAUUCCACCCCAAGAGAUCUUGACAAAAGACUCCGUAACGGUUAGUGUGGACGGCGUUGUCUAUUAUCGUGUCCAAAAUGCCACCCUGGCUGUAGCCAACAUUACAAAUGCCGAUUCUGCUACCCGCCUGCUGGCUCAGACCACACUGAGGAACGUACUGGGAACCAAGAACCUGUCUCAGAUCCUCUCUGACCGAGAAGAGAUUGCCCACAGCAUGCAGUCCACUCUGGAUGUCGCCACAGACGACUGGGGUAUCAAAGUUGAGCGUGUGGAGAUUAAGGAUGUCAAGCUGCCCGUCCAGUUGCAAAGAGCAAUGGCCGCUGAAGCCGAGGCAGCACGUGAAGCUAGAGCCAAGGUGAUUGCUGCUGAAGGAGAAAUGAACGCCUCUCGGGCUUUGAAAGAAGCCGCGAUUGUAAUCUCAGAGUCACCGGCUGCCCUACAGCUUCGUUACCUGCAAACCCUGACCACCAUCGCAGCAGAGAAAAAUUCUACAAUUGUCUUCCCUCUGCCCAUGGACCUGCUGCAGGGCCUAAUAGCAAGGAAGUAAAAUGUGGCAUGGCCAAAAUUUAAAAUUAAAUUAAG